CCUUCUCACGCGCAUUCUCUCAAAAUACAUAAGCAUUUGGGAAAGUUUUCUUCUCUCAGUGGUCUCCACUUUUGGUUUCCCAGAUUUUUGAGAGGAGGAAGGAGAAAUCUCUCAACCAUGUACUCCGGAGGAGGUGGCUACUACGGUGGAGAACAAGAAGAGAGGAGAGGAGGAGGAGGAGGCUAUGACGAAGGUGGCUAUGGAGGAGGUGGCUAUGGAGGAGGAUAUGGUGGAGGAAGAGGUGAGUCCGGCGGUGGCUAUGGAGGAGGAGGAGAAUAUGGUGGAGGAGGAAGAGGUGAGUCCGGCUAUGGAAGGCCAGAGCGCGGUGGCUAUGGCGGGGGCCGAGAGGAAGAAGAAGAAGCACAGUUCCACCGUCGUCGUCCUCCUCCACAGUCGUCCGGGAAGGAUCAACUCGUGAAGAUCUUUUGCGCUGCAAAUCCUGACUACGUUCUCACUGUCAAGGGUGAUGAGCUUGUUCUCGCUCCAGGCAACGGAUCGAACGAAAGCCAGCAAUUUGUCAAGGAUUGCAGGUGGGGAUCCAAGGUCCAAGACGAGGCUGGAUCACCAGCGUUUUCGAUCGUGAACAAGGCGUCCGGGCUGGCGCUCCAGCACGGGAGCGACUCUUUCGAGAAGGUGAUGUUGAGCCCGUAUGAUCCGGAACGCUUGGACGAAUCCGUGCUGUGGACCCAGAGUGACGACGUUGGCGGUGGCUACCAGUGCCUACGACCAGUCGGGAACGUCCACUUAAACCUCGAUGUCAAGGGCGGCGAGGGCGUUCGAUCCGGCGCGGAGCUCAUUCUUUUCAAGUGGAACAAGCAGGACAACCAGAAGUGGAAGAUCAUGCCAAUCGAGAAUAGUGGAGGAUCGUACGGUCAUGGAUAUGACGAACAAGGAGCUCAUGGAUAUGGCGAAGAAGGACGUCAUGGAUAUGGUGGUCGCCCGGCGUAUGGCGAUUAUUAAGUAAAAGUGGGUGAAAGGACUUUGUGUGGUAAAUAACCAGAUAAAAAAGUGUUUUGGCUUUAUCACUCUA